CCUGACAAACCUUUAUUGCCGCACACCAACUAGUAACCGGUGCGCUUGGUGGCGGUUUGGAGACUUGUGCCGAGUUGCGGUACUGCUCCAUUCUGCUUGAGGCCAUGUCUGGAGGGGCAGCAGCAGCCACCAGCAAGGGCAUCAUGGGCUUCUUUGCAAAUCGGGAGGCGUGCUUAGUUGACUUCGGUGGUUCUGCAGAGAGCGUGAUCGACAUUCACGUUCUCUGUCACGAGGCUCGUGGCAUGGAUUUGAGCCCUGGAGAGCAGAUCUUUGUCUCCCUGCGCGAUGCCACGCGGUCGGAUCCAGAGAAGCUCACCAUGCCUGGUACCUCCUGGCAGUUGAGGGCGGUGAAGCAGGAGGCCAUCCUGCAGCUCCGUGCGUGGGCGGCUCCCAAUGAGGAGGUUGCUCGGAACGGUGGUGACCGGCGGGCUUUAGGGGAGCUCAGGCUUCCAAUGGCACACCUGAGAGCUCUUGGCUUGAAAAUGCUCUACCAGACCUGGAUCACCCUGGAUCCGCCCGAGGCAGCAAACCCAGGCUUCUCCCCUGCAGACUUGGAGCAGAACAUGAGCGACGGGUGUCGACAGCUCUUCCAACCCAAAGUGUGCCUCUCCCUGUGCAAAGCAGAGGACGUGGAGGGUGGCAAGAUCACCCUAAGCUUGGAUGUCUCCAACGAUCUCAAAGCAGAGUGCUGGAGUGCGCUGCUGCGAUCUCAAAUGCAGCAUUUCACCAUGAGCACCACGCUGCACCAACAGGGCGUGAAGGACUGUGGGUACAGAGGCCAGCCGCAAGGAUCUGCCCGGAGUGUGGCAGCACCUGGUGGGUGGUUUGGUUUAGGUGGCCGCUUCCUGCCUGCCGACCUCACUACAUUGGAAGGGCUCAAUGCCAGCUAUGUCACUAAGGAAAUCUUGCUGGGCGUCACGAUCGGCUUUGCGCAGGUCCCCGAGUCGGUGGCCUUUGCCUUUCUCGCGCACGUGCGGCCCCAUGUGGCGCUGCACGCAGCCUGGGUCAUUGGCCAUGAAGGAGCGCGCGAUCAAGGAGAGCUCGAUGGCGCUGGAGCGCAGGCCGAUCAGGAGGGGGUGGAGAUGAUCGAGCUGAAGAAGGGUCAGAGCGAGGCGGUGGAGAGGCCCUGGAAGCGGCAGCGGGCGAAUGAGAAGGGUGUGGCUGCUGGAGAGCGCGAGGCGCAGGUGGUGUCAGAUGAAAAGGAGGAGGAGGAGGAGGAGCACUAUGGAGUGGAUGAUGAGCUGCAGGAGCCAGCGAAUGAGCUGCAGGAGCCGGCUCAUGAGCCGGAGGCAGCUGAGGAGGUGGAGGAGCCAGCGGAUGGGGUGAAGGAGAAAGCGGAUGAGUAUGAGGAGGUGGAGGAGCGUGAGCAGGACGCUGAGAUGGAGCGAGCGUUGAAUACCAAGCGGGUGAAGGCUAAGCCCCCUUGGGAGAAGGCACCAUGGGAGCAUUACCCAGACAGUGUCAAGCAGGUGGGCAAGGGGAAGGGCGGCUGGGCGCGCAAGAAGAAUGCCAGCAGCAGCAGCCGUGGCGAUCAGCAGCAGGAGAAGGGCGGCAAGCCCUGGUGGUCGUCGCAAAAGGCUCAGCAGGCAAAGGCCCGGGAGAAGGGCCAUGGCGCGCGCCCAGUCGGUCGACGAGAUGCCUUUGGUGGCGAGUACACGCCCACCGGCUACAAGUACGCAGGGGUGGCUCGUGCCAUCCAUGCGUCCACGAGCCCCCUGCUGGUGGAAUCUUCUAUUGCGGUAGAAAGCGGUGGAGAAAGUGGGAAGUCAGCUGUGGAGGACCCUUUGCCCAGGGUGUGA